GAACCAGUGACGAUUAGAAAGUUGACAAUUUCUGGGGCUCGAUUUUCCAGAAACAUAUGCGCACUAAUUUAAAUACACAUAUAUAGAGAAAAUUGUGCGUGUGUGUGUGUGUGUGCACGGAUUUCAUGUAUUUUUCACAUAAAAACAGGUGCCAUUUAAAUAAGAGAAGAGUACGCACAUUGAUUGGCCGACGUGUGAUUUAUAGGUUAGCCCCUAGCGAUUGUUGAGAGGCACACUCUUUUUGCCUUUGCAGUACAAGCUACAAUUGUCGCAUUCCCGAAGGAUGCUACGAACAUUUCAGAGACAGAUCCUCCGAAACGUACGGGGCGGCAGGAGAUUGAACACAUGGUCCCCCCUCGCCACGGCAUUCAAUUCUACCGUUAACGAUGAGACUCAUCCGGCGAGUGUAUUGGAAAAGGAAACGGGACUGUUUGGCAUUCCGGAGCUAAAAACUGAGAAUGGCUUCGAUAUAUUGAAAGAUCGUGCAUUGGCAGACGUCGACGUUCUCAUCGAGGAAGCGACGAGCGAGGAUAGAAGGAGAAAAAUGGUUGAGAUAUUUGACCAAUUAUCCAACACGCUAUGUAAGGUGGCGGAUAUGGCAGAGUUCAUUAGAAUUGCUCAUCCUGAUCAACGAUACGUUCGAGCCGCCGAGAACGCUUGUAUAACUAUUAGUGGCGUAGUCGAAAAAUUGAACACGCAUCGUCAGCUGUACGAUUCGCUAAAACACGUGACAAGUAACGGCGAUACUCGAGUAACAUCCGAUAUAGACGAUCAUGUAGCCAAAUUAUUCCUAUUUGACUUUGAGCAAUGUGGCAUACACUUGCCUGAAGGGCAAAGGAGAAGAGUGGUCGAGCUAAACGAUUAUAUUCUGCAAGUAGGUCAAAAGUUUAUGGCUGGCGCCGUUACCCCGAGGACAGUUAAUGCCGACAUGUUGCCCGACGUUAUCAGGCAGCAUUUUGUUACAGAGAACGGUCAGAUAUCAGUGCAAGGAUUUUACACAGACUCUUCCAACACUACUGUCCGCGAAGCGGCAUACAAACUGUUUUUAUUCCCGGAUAAAGAACAAGAAUAUCUGCUGCACCAACUCUUGUACUCGAGGCAUUUGCUGGCGGAAUCUUGCGGAUUUGCCUCGUAUGCAUACAGAGCUGUGAAAGGGAGUACAGUCGAAUCGCCAGUCGUAGUGAAGGAAUUUCUCGACAUAUUAAAUGACACUUUGCAGCCUAAAGCAGCACAAGAUUUUCAAGUAAUGCAAAACAUGAAAGAUGCCGAGUCGCGUAUAAAACAAGAGUUAAUGCCAUGGGAUACUCCCUACUUCAUGGCGAAGGCAAAAAAAGCUUGGUUAAACACUUCUACCACCGAGUUUGCUCCAUACUUCUCUCUUGGUGCUUGCAUGGAAGGUUUAAGUUUCCUUACACAGUCACUGUACAGAGUUAAACUCGAAUCAGUCCCAGUAUUAUCCGGAGAAGUGUGGGCGAAUAAUGUUCACAAAUUAGCUGUGAUAGAUGAGGAGGAAGGAACUUUGGGUUAUAUCUACUGCGAUUUCUAUGAAAGAGCAGGAAAGCCUAAUCAAGACUGCCAUUUUACAAUCCAAGGUGGAAAGCAACUUUCAGAUGGCUCUUAUCAGAUUCCCAUAGUUGUACUUAUGCUAUCAUUGCCACAACCACGCUGGUCAAAUCCAUGCUUAUUGAGUCCAUCCUCUGUAGACAAUUUAUUUCAUGAAAUGGGACAUGCGUUACACUCUAUGCUCGGUCGAACGAAAUAUCAACACGUUACUGGCACUAGAUGCAGCACAGAUUUCGCAGAAGUACCGAGUGUGUUAAUGGAAUAUUUUGCAAGUGAUCCGAGGGUCGUAUCCAAGUUUGCGAAGCAUUUUCAAACUCAAGAACCGAUGCCGGAAAAUUUAUUGUACAAAUUAUGCGCCUCGAAGAACAUCUUUUAUGCCUCCGAAUUACAGAAUCAAAUAUUCUACAGCAUGUUGGAUCAAGUAUAUCACAGUGGUAAACUAAUGAAAUCCACCACUGAGAUUUUACAAGAUGUACAGAAAGAUUAUUACGGUCUCCCAUACGUCAAAAAUACGGCAUGGCAAUUGAGAUUCUCUCAUUUGGUCGGAUACGGAGCAAAGUAUUAUUCUUAUCUAAUAUCCCGUGCAAUUGCCGCAUGGAUUUGGCAAACGUAUUUUCACGACGAUCCUUUCUGUCGAUCAGCUGGCAAUCGUUAUCGAAGGGAAUGCUUGGCGCAUGGAGGCGGUAAACCGGCAUCACUGUUAGUGUCGGAUUUCUUAAACAAGGAAGCCAACGCCGUCACGUUUGCAAAAUCAUUAAUUAACGAAGUUGAUAUGAAAAAUUUACGUGUGGAAACGAUAAAAUAAUUCAAUGUAAAUUUUCCUUGUACAGAUAUGUGGCACGUAUAUAAUGUUUCAAGUAUUAUAGCUGUGUGUAACAAAUCUGGAAUUCCUCGCAGUAUAUAUAUAGAUACAAUAUAUUCUUAUAAGAAAAAAGGAUAA